AUGACGGCCUCCCACUCCAGCAGCCCAUCCAAGCAGCAGCAGCAGCAGCCCCACUGUACCACACUCGCCCAAGAGCCACAGAGGGCAGCCGUCACAGAGCCGUUCUACCCCAUGCAGCUGGUGGCAGGCACUUGCUUCCUGAUUAUGAGGAAAGAGGCAUUUGUGUCUAUACUUGUUGCACGUGCAAGCAACCCCAAAAAACCCCACACGAGAGUUCAAGUUUAUCGAAGCAUCGCAGGAGCUCUUCCUCGGCAAGAGCCUCCUGGAAGGGAGGAGAAACUGGAGAAGGGACGCUCGGCUGUCUCCAUCUCCUCGCCUAUCCCUCCGGCUGUUGCCCGACCCAGCGGCGCGCCAGCGGCGCGCAUACAAAACGCAGAGCCAGGAGGGGGAGGAGGAAACUUUUGGACUCGCCGGGGACCAGCAGCAACAGGAGGAGGAACGGGAGGCCAAGAAGGGCGCCUAGCGGGACGCAGAGCCCGUGGGAACGCGGCAAAAGAGACCGCGCACUGCCCGGCCCGGCCCGGCGGGUCCGCUGCAGGUCCUGCCCUGCCCGCCCAGCGCCCCUUCGGCUACCUUGCCCGGCCUGCUGCCUUCUCCCGCAACAGGGGCUGCCUGCCACGGUGCCGCCGCUCGCCCCCACCCAACAAGUCCGGCUGCUGCCAGGGGCCACUUUUGCCGCGACCCUCCUCGGACAUCGCCCGUGCGGCGGCCCCGAGACUCGCCCCCUGCCCGGUCCCCCGCGGCGCCUCCUCCGAGCCUCCUCUCCCUCCCGCAGCGGCUCCGGCAGCGGCAGCACCAGCGUCCUGCUGCCGCGUCCGGGCGGCGGCGGCGGCGGCUGCUGCUCCACGGCGGCCGCCGUCGCUACCUGCCCCCCCGCCUUGGUCGCCCUUACCUGCGCGCAGGGUCCCCCGCGGGGCGCGGCGCCUCCGCGUCCUGGGCGGUGAGGAGGGAAGCGGCAGUCCGCCGAGCUCCCAGAGACGCGCGUGUUGUCAGCAGCCCGGGUGGGCGAGCGGGCAGGAGGCUGGGCGAAGCCGAGAUGGAGGAGGAGCAGUUGCUGAUGCUGCUGCCGCCGCCGCCGCUCGCUCGCUCGCUCGCUGCAAGGGACCGAGGCGAAAUUCUCGCGCUCAGGCAAAGCGCAGACAAAGGGCACACCAGGUACUUUUCGGAGCCGGGGGCAAGCGGUGA